AUGGUGACCCCGAGGCUUCCAUUUCUCCAUCCAAAUUUCAUACGCGUCGCGCAGUCAUAUAAAGAUCUUCCGGCCGCACCAUUCGAUUUCCUUUCAGCGGUGGCUCUAGCCUUCACGCCGGUUUCUAUACUAGUCUACAAUACAAUCAACAAGUGCAUCCACAGUACAACUGCUCAUAUGCCAAGCCAAGCCUCCAUCCAUGCAGGCGAUCGAAGGACGCUCGACGAAGUCACAUUGUCCGGAGAAGGCGAUCAAAGCAGCAGUGAGAGGAACAACAUUUUGCCAGACCAGCAGCUUGAAGAUGCCAAAAGGGUGACUACAAUUACAUUCUUUUCAACAUCAUUCGAUAAGCAAGCUUUUCUAGAUUCGAAGCAAGGCAACUCGUUGUUAAAUUCAGAGCAGCAAGAGGAGCAUGCAAUGGGCAAUGAUGGGGCCCAAGAUACCUCUACCUCUUCCGCUCGUCUUGUACGGACGGAAAGCAAAAAGCCACAUAUAUCUCCUUGCCCGAACCAGGGCGCGUUUGACGAUGCAAUCCACAUGCCCACCCCCUCAGCCUAUCUGACCCCCCCUGGACUAAUAAUACCACACAACAAACCCCCACGACCGAUACCAAUUCGUAGCGAGUAUCAACCCGAUACUUAUUUCGUAGUUCGUGAUCUCACAAACGGCGGCUUUACAAAUGAGCAAUCGGUGACAAUCACGAAAGCUAUCCAACAUAUCCUACAAAAGAACAUCGAUAUCGCAAAACAAUGUCUGAUUUCCAAAUCCACUGUCGACAACGAGCCCUACCAAUUCAAGGCAGCCUGCUCAGAAUUACAACAUGCUUCACGGAUACAAUUGGAGCAAGAAUAUGAUACUCUCUCGCAGCGUCUCACCAAGGAAAUUGCUGACAUGAAGGAUAAUAUCAAGGGUAUGUUAACUGACUACAGCAUUGCCACCCGAGAGGACCAACGGAACAUCGACACCUUGCUACAAGAGCUCGAUUACAAAAUUAGUGUGUCACUAAACAGCGAUGGGAAGACCGCAGUCGAUAGUAUCAGAUGGAUGUUGACACGUCGCGCUGCCCUGACUAUUGCAUCUUGCGCUUUGAUGAUUGUCUUCUUCCUGAAGUACUCUUCAACCCGCGCGCAAGAUUCAGAGCACAACAUCAAAAACGAAUGA